AUGGAAUCCCCAUUUUCUGAUAUGGAUUGGCUUGAUACAGCAUCAAAUACUCUUGAUCUUGCAAUACAAAAAGGUCUUUAUACAGAAUUUAGUCAUCUAAAAUCCGAUCUUGAUCGUAUUCGUUUUAUACAUAAUCAUCGUGCAAAUCUUUUAUCAAAUACAUUUGAACGUUAUUUAUCAUCAACAUCAUCAUCAUGUUUAACAAAAAAUGCAACAACAGCAAUAAAUUUUCGUAAAAAAGGUAAUGAUUAUUUUGUUGAAAAAGAUUUAUCACGUGCAGCAUGGUGUUAUCGUGCAAGUAUUGCAUUAUCAACAAUAAAUAGUCAAGAUAUGGCAUUAUCAUAUGGAAAUUUAUCAGCUGUUCUUUUUGAAUUAAAUCAUUAUCAUGAAUCCAUACGUGCUAUUCAAUUAGCUAAUGAUUUUUAUCCAAAUGAACUUAAAUUUAAAUUAGUAUUUCGUCGAGCAGCAUGUUAUCAUAAAUUAAAUGAUCCUGAACGUAGUGCAUAUGAACUUAAAAUAUGUCGUGAUCUGAUUAAAAAAACUGCUGGUCUUGAUAGAAAAAAAAUUGAUUCAUUUUGUAAAGAAAUGGAUCAAUUAAGUCGACAAAUAGCAAUAUUAAAUAAACGAAAAGAAGAAGAAAAAGAACAACAACAGCAAAAAAUUACAUCAUAUAAAAAUCUUGAUGAUCUUAUUCAAAAUUCAUCAACACCAACUGAAACAAUAGCUAGUUGUUUAUUAAAAUCAACUGAAGAAAAAACGACUGAUGAAUUUUGUCCACCAUCACCUCCAUCACCACCUCGUAGUACGAUUCUUAUUGAUGAAUCAAAAUUAUUAUUAAAUGGACCUAAUAAAUAUAUACCUUGUGCUAGUUCAACAUUACGUCUUGCUUAUUCAAAAGAUAAAGGUCGACAUAUAAUUGCUAAUCAAGAUAUUCCAUCGGAUGCAUUGAUACUUAAUGAACGUCCAUAUGCUUGUUUGUUAUUACCUAAAUUUGCUUAUACAUACUGUGAUCAUUGUUUAACGGCUAUCGUUAUACCAUAUGUCUGUUCUCAAUGUUCACACGUUCUAUUCUGUAGUGAACAUUGUCAACAACGUGCACUUGCUAGUUAUCAUCAAUAUGAAUGUAAACAUAUUCAUAUACUAAAAACAUUAGGCAUAGCCUUUCUCGCUUAUCGUACAUUAACAAUAACUGAUCAUGAAACAUUAUGGACAACAAUAACUCAAACAACAAUUCCUAAUGAUAAUGAAGAACAAAACAAUAACAAUAAUAAUAAUAAUAAUAAUAAUAUUACUUCUACUACUACUAAUAUAUAUAAAUCAGAUUAUUCAUCAAUACAAAAAUUAAUAACACAUACAGAACAAAUGUCAAUCGAUGAUAUAUUUCAUUAUUCAUUAACAGCAUAUCUUCUAUCAGAAAUAAUAAAAUCAACAAAUUUUUUACGUUGUAAUCAAGUAAAAAAACGUGAUACGGAACAAAUUUUACUUGCAUCAAUAUUACUUAAACAUAUACAACAAAUGAUAUGUAAUGCACAAACAAUAUCAAUAACAAAAACAAAUCAAAAUAAUGAUAUUAUAUUUGAUAAUGAUGAUGAUCAUGAUGAAAUAACAAAACGUUUUGCUUCAGCUAUAUUUCCAACUUGUGCAUUAAUGAAUCAUUCAUGUGUUCCAAAUAUUCGUUGUGUAUUUGAUCAAGGAUAUUUACGUGUAUAUACAGCGAAAACAAUACGACAAGGUGAAGAAAUUUUAAAUUGUUAUGGUCCACAAAAAUCUCUUAUGCCAUCAACUGAACAAAGGCAAAAUGUUCUAUUAGAACAGUAUUUUACAUCUACAACACGUAAAUUACAUAAUCCUAAAACAACAACAACAACAACAACAAUGAAUAAUUUAACUGAUCAAUCUCAAUCACAAUCAUUAAUUGUUCAUGAUAGUCAACAAACAAAUGAUUUAACACGAUUUUAUUUAACAACAUCUGAUAAAUUACUUGAAGCAAAACGUAUAUUUUCACAAGGUCUUUCAUCAUAUACACAAAAUCAUUCAUCAUGGGAACAAAGUUUAAAAUUACUUCAUGAUUCCAUAAGACUUUAUGAACAAAUAUUACGUGAAAUUAAUUUAGAUACUGUAAAUCUUUAUGAAUAUGUUGCUUCAAUCUAUAAUGAUCGUAAUCAAUUUGAAUAUACAUGUAUGUAUUUAAAUAAAUGUAUAUCAAUAUUAAAAAUGAAUUUAUCAACAUCAUGUUCAUCAACAACAAUACUUCUUGUUGAUGUUCUACGUAAAUAUGCACAAACAUUAUUUAAUUGUCGAAAAUUUGAUGAUGCUCGUCGAACAAUAAUUGAAGCACAAAUUUUACUUGAUCAAAUGACAUCAACAUCAACAAUAUCAAUAAGUGAAGAUGAAAAACGUACUAUUGGAGUUAUACAAACAAUAGAAGAUUUAAAAGCAAAAUGUGAUCUAUGUCUUGGUUAA